CUUCUUCGCUUCUUCCUCCUCACCGCCGCGCCGCUUCCUCCUCCCCCUAUCCCUCGCCGCCGCUGCCGCGGCCUGCCUCCUCCCUCCCAGAGCGCCCCCCCGCCACUCCCGGCUGUCUGCAGAGCCGCCGUGGCCAGAUCCGUGCCGGGACACGCCUCUCGGCCGUUUCUUACCAGAUAAACCCUAACCGAAGAGGAGAAGGAGGAGAGGAGGCCAUGAGGGGGAAGAAGCCGCACAAGGAGCUCAAGCUCUCCGUGCCUGCGCAGGAGACGCCCGUAGACAAGUUCCUGACGGCGAGUGGUACAUUCAAGGAUGGUGAACUGCGACUCAAUCAAAGAGGCUUGCAGCUUAUAUCAGAGGAAACUGGAGAUGAACCUCAAUCCACAAACUUGAAGGUGGAAGAUGUGCAGUUGUCAAUGGAUGACCUUGAGAUGAUUCAAGUCAUCGGUAAGGGGAGUGGUGGUAUUGUCCAACUAGUUCGGCACAAGUGGGUGGGGACAUUAUAUGCUUUGAAGGGUAUUCAAAUGAACAUUCAGGAGGCUGUUCGCAAACAAAUAGUGCAAGAGCUCAAAAUAAAUCAAGCAACACAGAGCCCACAUAUAGUCCUUUGCCAUCAAUCUUUCUACCAUAAUGGUGUAAUAUAUCUUGUUCUAGAAUAUAUGGACCGUGGAUCUCUUGCAGAUAUCAUUAAACAAGUCAAAACAAUUCUGGAGCCAUACCUGGCAGUACUUUGCAAGCAGGUUUUGGAGGGUCUAUUGUAUCUUCAUCAUGAAAGGCAUGUAAUUCACAGGGAUAUAAAGCCAUCUAACUUGUUAGUUAACCGUAAAGGUGAAGUAAAGAUUACUGAUUUUGGGGUAAGUGCGGUGCUAGCAAGUUCAAUGGGUCAGCGGGAUACAUUUGUUGGAACCUACAACUAUAUGGCGCCCGAGCGUAUUAGUGGAAGCUCUUAUGACUACAAGAGUGACAUAUGGAGUUUGGGCUUAGUAAUACUCGAGUGUGCCAUUGGUCGGUUCCCAUAUAUACCUUCAGAAGGAGAAGGUUGGUUAAGCUUCUAUGAAUUAUUAGAAGCAAUUGUUGACCAGCCACCACCCUCUGCACCCGCAGACCAGUUCUCUCCAGAAUUCUGUUCAUUUAUCUCCUCCUGCAUACAAAAGGAUCCUGCGGAGCGGAUGUCUGCUUCAGAACUAUUGAAUCAUCCUUUCAUCAAGAAGUUUGAAGAUAAGGAUUUAGACCUGCGCAUUCUUGUCGAAAGCCUUGAACCUCCAAUGAAUAUACCCGAGUAGAUUGCCAUUAGAGUGAUGAGGUUUCACGGUGCGUUCAGGGUCGGCAUCUUGGUAGUGGCACAUAUCUGUCCUAAACUGCAUCACAUUCCCUGCAUCCGAUGAAGUGUGUAUGAUGUUGAAAAUUCUGGAGGAGUCGUGGUAAUGUAUUGGUAUAUUUUUCCUUUACCUAAGGCCCUUUUGUUGCCUCUUUUUAUAGUCCUGUGACUUGUCAUGACAUAGAGGGGAUCAUGAUUUCACCUUCGUAUUGCAUGGUGUCUUA